AUGCAAGAACCUGCGCAUCCUGGGCGGCGCGCAGCCUUCGAGCCGCGCCACCUCGGCGUGCCCGAGUGGACCGCCAAAAAGCUUGCCAAGACGGACAGCAGCAUGCACUUUUUCGACACCAAGGAGGAGAGGGCGCACUUUGUCGCGAGCCAGCCCGACUUCAAGAUUGAGGGCGCCGAGGAGGCCGUGCGUAAGGUCGUCCUGGAGCGCGCCGUCAAGGGCGAGCACGAGAAGCCGCAGUACAGCGCGGGCAAGAAGCCGGUCGACUUGGCGAGAAACGCGCAUCUCAAGGAGCCGACCUACAGAGAGAAGGAUGUUGAGACCUUUGAGGCCAAGGUGAAGCAGCUCAUUGCUUCGAAGAAGGGCAGCGCCGGGCAGCAGGGCAAGAAGGCGCAGGCUUAG